AUGGUUGCUAGGCUUUCUCAUCUGUUGAGUAAAAAUGCCACUUUAACAGGAUAUAAACAAGUCUUAUCUCAAAAGAGAUAUGUUUUUAUCCCUCGCGCAACAUCUAAUGUAAAGAUAAAGAAAAAGCAAAAAAUACCAAAAAGUUUUGAAACAUGGGACAAAUUGGAUUCAACUGAUUCCAUGAGUAUUGAAGAUUCAAAAAUUGUAGAAAAAAAAUUACAGAAAUUGCAAAAUUUCACCAAAAAUUUGAAACAAAAAUUAUCGCACUCCCCAAAUCAUUUGACUAUAGCAUAUGAAACCUUAAACGAUUUAGAUAAAACAGAUUUGGAUAGAGAUGCUGAUGAAAUUUAUAGAUCUUUAACAUUUGAUAAUGAAACUUCGCUGUUAACAACCAAACUCAAACAAAAAAACAACUCACAAAAACUUCCUAGUCUUACGGAUAUUAUAUCCCAAACACAAGUUGCUCAAGCUACAAGUCUAUUGCCAGAAAAAAUCCAAAAGAUUAUAGAUAAUGAUGAACUUAUUAUUAAAUAUCUGUCUAACAAAACACAACAAAAUUGGAAUCCUAUAAUUGAACAAUUAUAUUCAAAUAAGGAAAAAGUGAAAAAAUUAUCAAAUAAAAGUUUCAAGAAAUUUUUGUCCUUAGAUAUUCAGAAUUUGUCAUUCGACAGUAUUAAUAAAUUAGAUGAAAUCUUUAAUAUAUUUGUAGAUAAUAAACUAGAGAAAUUUUCAUUUGCCAUGUAUAAUUGUCUUUUCAAGAAUAUCUCAAAAUUAUCUUAUUUAGGUCCAAUUCAAACUAAAGAUGGAUUAACUGACAAUAAUUCUAUACUGUGUAAAUUAAAAGAUCUUAUUCAACGAUACGAUAAAACUAUUGAAAGUGCUCAAAUUAAAAAUAACAAGCAACUUACUGAAAGGGAGAAACAACAUAAUAUGAUAUUAAAUUAUUGUAUAACUUAUACUUCCAAAUCUUUAAAUGUGACCACUGUGGAUUAUUUUUUAAAACAUUUUAAGGAAAAAUAUGACAUCUCACCAGAUAGAUUCACUUACACAAAUAUUAUUCAAUUUUACUCUAAACUAAAUCUGUCAGAUAGGGCAUGGGAUGUUUUUGAUACUAUGAAGUUUCUUUCUACAGCACAUUCGCCUGAUACAAAGACCUAUAAUAACAUGUUAACAAUUUGUCAAAAGACCAAAAAUUAUGCUAAAGCUAUUGAUCUAUUCCACGAAAUGAAAGAUCGGAAGAUUACACCAAGUGUAGAAACAUUCUCCUUAAUGGGAACUCUUCUAGCUACUUGUUCUUCAGACAAUAUUUCUUCAGAAGGUAACAAUGAAGCAUUAAGACUGUUAGGUUGGAAAUUUAUAAGUGGAAUGAUGAAUAAAAAUGAUCUAUUUAGUGUAGGUGCAAUGAUGUCUUUGGCUGCAUAUGAUGGCGAUGUGGCAGUUGCUCGUGCAAUAUAUUUUGAAUAUACAAUGAACCAAUACCGACGUUUUAAACCACAAAGUACCAAUGACACUGAAGCUUGGCAAAGAGCCAUGAACCCAGUUUUAUUUAAUUAUCUGUUACUUGCUUAUUCAAAAUUCAUUCCUGGAAAAAUCCCUUUAUUAAUUGGCUGGGACGAAGGACGUAAUUUGAGAAGAGAUUUAUUAAAUUUUGCUGAUUACACUUUAAGAAAUUAUGAAGAUUGUCAAGUUAUAUUACCCUUUUUACCAUUGAUAGAAUUAAAUGAUAUAGAUCAAGUAUUAUUUGAAUCUAAUGCUUUAUGGCACUUCCAUUUAAAUUCAGGCCGUGUAACUGAUGAUUAUUUAUCAUACCCAGAUAUUUUUAUUGAAGCUAUAAAUCAAUUGAUAAAAGAAGCCAAAGAUUUAAUAGAGCUACAAUCUCAUCUUUCAACAAAGUUAACUGAUAUGAAAUCACAGAAUUCUGUUAAUUAUCAAAUACUUAACUAUAAAUGCCUUUUAACGUAUUUAACCAUCCCAGUAAGGUUAAACAAAAAGGAAGAAUAUUAUAGGAGAUUAAAACUUUACACAUUUGAUCAAUGUGAAUUAAGGCAAACUCUUGAAUAUAUUAUUGAAAAGAAAACUUUACCCUUGACCAACAAUAAAAAUGAGGCCGCCGAAAUUAAUGAAUCUGAGAAGUAUCUGACAUUAAUAAAUUCUGAUGUCACACAAUUUUUUAUCUCACUACAGCAUAAACUAAUGAUGGAAAAUUCAUUAUAUGCCAAUUGUAUGAAAGCUGCAACUCAAUUUCAUGAUUCCGAUUUUGGAUCUGAUAUUUGGAGAGCUCGUGGUGAAUUUAGAAAAACUUCACAUUUUACAAUGCUAUCUAUGAAGGACAGAAUAAAUUCAGACACCGAAUUUGCGAAAAUCAUGGUCAAUUUUUUCACUGAACAAAAACAGUAUACAGAUGCAUUAAGUAUUAUACUUUCUUCACAGAGAUACAUUAACUGGACAUACCCAAUGAUAAAACCUUUACACCAUGCCUUGAUAGAAUUGGAAGAUAAGAGGUCCAUUAAUAGAUUGUUAGAAGUAAUUAAUAAGAAGGACCCAAUUAAAGACUUAAAUUUACAAAUUGAGGAAUUAUCUUUAUAA